AAGCAAGACUCGAGUCGGGAACAAUGUGGAGGAAACUAAGCUCCUGGUUCCUUCUCCUCUAGCGUCGCUUCACCUGCAGGAACAAGAAGAAGAAGAAGAAGAAGAAGAAGAGGAAACGAUGGAUCGAUACAACGACCUGGAUCUGGAGUGUGAUGGAGGAGGGGUCGCUGAGAAAGCAGCGUUAUUCGGUGGGAUUUUCAAGAGAUCGACCAAAUCUGCAUCUCCACUUGUCCAAGACCAGGACAACUUAUCAACACACAGUGAACUUUCAAACAGCAGCGAGAGUCUGAACAGCAACAAGGAGAAAGGAGGCGGGUUGAAAGGAAUGUUCAAGAAAACGACCAAAUCUGCCAAACAGGCUCAACCACAGGCCUCCCUCUCUUCACAAAAUCCUGAUCUCUCUGCCAGUAGUGAGAGUUUAAAAGAAAACAAGUCAUCGAAGGACAAACCCGGUGUCCUGGGUGGGAUCCUGAAGCUGACUCACAGACCAGGGCAUGUCCGGAGGCCGUCACAGGAUCUUUUAGAGAGUGAACUCUCAGUCAGCGAGGGAAGUCAGUCUGAAAACACUAAGGAGUCGGGUGGGAUGUUGAGUGGGAUGUUCAAGAAAAAGAAGACACAAUCUCAGGAGGAUUUGACUGCAACAGGCGACAACGACAAUGUGUCUGUAACUGGAAACACUAAGGAGUCAGGAGGGAUGUUCGGUGGAAUGUUUAAAAAACCUCCUAAGCCAUUGGGAGCGAGGACAGAGUCUCAGGAGGAUUUUACUGCACCAAGCGAGAUCUCAGGGAGCAAUGACAAUCUGUCUGCAACUGGAAACACUAAGGAGUCCGGUGGGAUGUUCAGUGGAAUGUUUAAAAAAGCCCCAAAGGCAAAGACACAAUCUCAGGAGGAUUUGACUCGGCCCAGCGAGCUCUCAGGGAGCAACGACAGUCUGUCUGCAACUGGAAACACUAAGGAGUCCGGUGGAGUGUUCGGUGGAAUAUUUAAAAAAUCUCCAAAGCUUUCUGGAGCGAGGACACAGUCUCAGGAGGAUUUGACUGCACCAAGCGAGAUCUCAGGCAGCAGCGACAAUCUGUCAACUACUGGAAACACUAAGGAGUCCGGUGGAAUGUUCGGUGGAAUAUUUAAAAAAUCUCCAAAGCCUUUGAGAGCGAGGAGAGGGUCUCAGGACGACUUGGACGCCCCCGACGAGUUCUCAGGCAGCAACGACAAUCUGUCUGAGAACAGCACCAAGGAGAAAGGAGGAAUUCUGAGUGGUGUGUUCAAAAAGAAAGGUGCCAAGUCUCAGGAUAACUUGUCUCUGGAGGUGGAACUCUCUGCCAGCAGCGACAGUCUCUCAGAGAAGUCUUCCAAGGGCGGAGCCAAGAAUCUGAAGAACCUGAAGAAUCCUUUCACCUCCUCGUUUCAGGAGAAAGAAAAGUCCGAACCCUCAGGAGGCUCGAAUGAAGAUAUCUCCACCACAGAGAAGCCCAAAGGCAAACAGAACGGUUUGUCUGCGAUGAUGAAGAGCACGUUCCACCUCGACAAACGGGAGAAGGACUCUGACUCUGAUGAUGAGGAGACGUCAGAGAACGAGGAGAGCCAGCCCGGUCACAAACAUGUCUGUCAGAAUAAAUUUACAGAGGCGAUGACCAAGCUGAACCCGUUUCGACCUGCAGCCAAAAAAGACGCUGAAGACACAGAGACGCUCAAAGAGAACGAGAAACUAGAGGAAGAAAAGUCGAAACCGGUCAAAAGCAACGCGAUCCAGCGAGAAACGAAGGAGAAGAGUGAAUCUCUGGUGGCCCGACCCAAACCAACUGCAGAGGAAAUGAAAAGGACAUCCACACACGAUACAGUGAAUCCAGGAGGGGCCGAGGAUCAUCAGGACAAAAAGGAAAUGACCUCCCGGCAGAAGAAGGAGAAGGCUGCGGAGACUCCUGUCGUCCCUGUGCGACCGUCAGAGGAGGAGAUGAAGAGAGCAGUGAAACCAAAGCAGAGCAUCAACCGUCAGAGCCGCUCAGACGAUGAAGGUCUCAAACCAGAUGAAUCUGCUGAAGCCAAAGACGGAGAUGAGGUGAAUCCUCCAGAGAGUAAAGCAACCAAAGUGAAAAAACCCAAGCACCAUAACCCGUUCAUGUCUCGUGCUGCAUCAAAGGCUGCAUCUGAUGAUGAAGGACUGAAAGAAGAUGAAUCUUCAUCCAAGGAGGAAGAGAAAGACGAGGAGCUCAACGAGAAGAAAGAGGCGACCAAAGUCAAGAAGCCUAAGCGUCACAAUCCCUUCAUGCCACGGGUCAAGACCAACGUGAUUCAGCGGCCCGGGCAGGUAGAUGCUGAAGAGAACGAUGGUGCGAGCCGCUCCCUGUUCGACCGGCUGGAGGAUCUCCGUGUUGACCCGUCACAGCCUGAAAACCCUCAGGGUGUGGAGGAUCUCAUGGAGUGGUGGAACACGGUGGAGCAAUGGGAGGACGCACCUCAGGUGGAAGACAUGACGGAAAAGGAAGAGGCCAAGGCGUUUGCUCUGACGGCCGAUAAGGUGCAGAAAGGAAUCCGUGUGUUCAACAAGCUGUUCUCAGAGCGCGCUGAGAGUCUGUGGAUGCACGUCAUCAGCCUCAACGGCCUCGCCGACGGCUUGGACAAGUUCAACAAGAGAACCAAGAUCGCUCAGAUCACCGGCGGCUCCACCAGCGCCAUCGGGGGCAUCGCCACCAUCGCCGGCCUCGCUCUGGCCCCGGUCACCUUCGGAACCUCCCUGAUUGUGACGGCGGUGGGACUGGGCGUGGCCACAGCAGGCGGCCUGACGUCAGCAGGCGCCGGCAUCUCCAACCAGGUCAACAACUCCAUGGACCGCAAGAAGGUGGAGAAGAUCGUGCAGGACUACCAGGAGAAGAUGAUGGACUUGAACAAGUGCCUGAAGUUCAUCAAGCAGGGAAUCGAAGCCCUGCGCAAGUUCGACCUGAUCAAGAUGAAGAAACACGCGUACAACCGGGACUUCCCUGUGCUCAGCAGCAGUUUCUACGAGGACGGCGCCAUGGCAGGAAAGGCCAUCCUCAUCAACGCCAACGAGAUCAUGCGCGUGGUUCAGAUCGCCAACGUGGCCGGCAGCACGGCAGCCAGGGCGGUGCAGAUCGCCAGCAUGGCCACCGGCGUUCUCACAGGACUCUUCGUAGGUAUGGACAUCUACUUCGUGGCCAAAGACUCCAAAGAACUCAAGAAAGGGGCCAAGUCGGAGUUCGCCGCCAAAAUCCGGGAAGUGGCCACGCAGCUGCACGACGGUCUGGUGGAGCUCAACUCCAUCCGGGAGGAGCUGCAGGCGACCACACCAGAGGGCGUCGCCGAAGAGGAGAAGGCCGAUCUGGAAAGCAACAAGAAAAAAGAAUAUAAAUAUAGUUCAGAUGAGGAGGAAGAUGAAAUCGACCGCAUUAAAAAAGCCAUCAAGAAGGAUUAUGAGAACCGGGAAUAUGUUUGAACUAGGACUGGCUCGGAACUACAAGUGUCCAAAGAGGAGGCGUCACUCCUGAGGAAAAACUGUUUUCUAAAACUUGUUCUUUUCGGGUAUUGUCUGCUCGACAGCUGAUCAGCAUUUUCUCUAGAAGGAGGAAGUGAAAUUUGUAGUAAAUAAAGUAGAUAAAGUUUCAUAUCUGUGCCUUUUCAGAAAGUGGGAUUAAAAAUGUUAGUUCAAUUGUCUAUUUUGAUAAAACUGUUUUAGAUUUAUCAAAAGAAACAACUACAGAAUAUUUACUAGACUUUAUUUUUUUGACUUGUAAGAAUCAAAGUUUGUCGGUUCAUGUCGAAGCACUGGAGCUUUCACUGACCAGUGUGUGUGUGUGGGGGGGGGGGUCGUGUAAACUCAGUGGGAGCUGUGCCUUUCUUAUUAAUAAUCAGAAAUACAGUGUAAUGCAGUGGAGCAUCAGUUUGUUUCAUGAAGUUGUGUAGUUGUGGUGAAUGAAACCACUUCACCUCAUCAGGUGCUGCAGGUUUUAGAUCGGAUGUGGGAUGUUCACGGUUUGUUUGGCUUAAUGAGAAUAACUCAUUUUAAAUAUUAUUGAUUUAAUAUAAUAAUAAUAAUAAUAAUAAGCUUUGUUUAAAUCUGCCGGGCAAAAGGGAUUUAUUUUUACAACAGUGCCAAUCCUUUGUAAAUGUAGCUGUGACUUUAUUUCUAUGCACAUGGAAAAAGAUAUUUCAUCUCAUUAGGUUUUAGGGGAAUAACUGAACUUGCACAUGUUAUUAACCUCAUUGUUCUGAUUUGUGUUAUAUUAUUUUGAACCAGUGUCAAAUUCUAAUUUACCUUUUCUGUCCAAACUUGGUCUUAGUACAACUAAAGUGACAAUUUAUAGAAUGCACCAAGCUAAGAGUUGUGUCGUCUGUACUGUUUGAACUUCAUAUUUAUUUAUCUUCAGUCUCAAUCUGGGUUGAUCUGGUUUUUGGUGAAACCUUUUUAAGUGCAAUGAACUGUAGAGCUUCAUGUGUCAUAAAUGUAAAUUGUUAAUAAAAAGUCAGAAACACA